UUCGCAAAUUUUGCUUUACGGCAAAUUUGAAUUUUUUUGCAUAAAUAAAAAGGAACAUCCGAAUUAGUCUAGAACAGUUAUUUUCAUUUGCACAAAAAGCAUACAUAAAUUGGACAGACCAAGUACAAACGCGUUUUGUUUAGUUUCUCGGUUUAACUUCGAAUGCAGAUACCCACAUUUUAAAUCAGUACGGCAGUGUAAUUAUAUGCUGAAAUCAAAACGUAAAAGUAAUUAACCCCAAGUUGAAGCUAAAUAAAUUAAUCGAAUUGUUCGUAAAAACGCGAUAAGUAAAGGAGGUUAUGAACAAAAGUUUUGAAAAUUUAAUGCAAAGCACUGGCAGCGGCGGUGGAGGCGACAUGUCCUCCGAACGGCAAUCGUCAGAGGAUGUACAUGAAUCGACUGCUGAAGAUCCUGCCUUGGAUGCUGGGAAUGAUUAUAAUGAUGACAACAAUUUUGAGUCUAAUUUGCGGAGGCGCAAAGGAAAAAUUAUAUCCUGUGCAAAGGAAACAAUUGAAAAUGCUUCCCGCCAAUUACGUCGGAAAUUGCCUUAUGCUGGGCACUUAAUGACUCCGCGCCGCCUGUGGUUAAAUAAAAUACCUACACAAUGUGAUGUUGUUAUUGAAUUUCCGGAAGAUGCGCCUGUUGAAUCCUUUCGUUGGCUUUUGGCACGAUUGCGUUCUCCACCGCCCUCGGGGCUUGGUUUGGUCGUACAAGUGAAGGCUCAUGACAGUACACGUCGGAAUGCCUUCUACAUCAGUGCACCCACGAAUGUUUUAUUCAAAGCCGCAGAAGAAGCACGCCUACCGAAACGAUUGCGUCCUGACCUAGGAGGUGCCUUACGUGAAUUCACGACACGCGAAAGCCAUUGUUUUCAACAGUUAAAAACCGAAGACGGAAGUAAUGCCCUGUUCACCUCACAAGAGCGACAAUGGCUCGUCCUGCAGGUGUUACAAGGCCUCCGCGCUGGUCAAACAGACAUUGAAGCGUUACAAGGACGGUCAACCGUAGCCGAAGGACAGAGCAUCGUGGCUGCUUGGCAAGAAACCGGCCUGAUUGUGCAGAUGUUCCCGCUACACGAAACAAGAUCCUUGGCCCUGCUGCAAAGCAGUUGGGUGAGGCAGAUUUUUGCUCCGCAACCGCUUGAUGACAUUGCAGAAUACUUUGGUGUGAAAGUGGCCCUGUACUUUGCUUGGUUGGGACAUUACACGUUCGCCUUAGGACUUCCAGCUGUUUUUGGAACGAUAUUAUAUGCAGCAUUGUGGGCUAAAGGACAAACAGCGCAAGAUAUGGGACAUGUCUUUUUCUCUCUCUUCAAUGUAGCAUGGGCUUCGUUGUAUUUGGAAGCGUGGAAACGAUACUCCGUCGAACUAGCCUUUCGUUGGGGUACGUUGUCGACGCCACCUGAAUUACUUGAACCUCCUAGACCACUUUAUAAGGGUACUUUAAUGGAAAAUAAUGUAACUGGGCGUGUGGAACCAAAGGAGGCGCCGGCGUGGAAGCGACGUACUUUUCGUUAUCUUGUCAGUUUUCCUGUCAUUGGGAUGUGUUUGACUCUGGUUUUUGUUGUUAUGUUCCUGAUGCUACGUUUCCAGGAUUGGUGGGACUCUAAGCUACCGGAAGAAAGCGUACUCUGCUGCUUGAGCGUAAUCCCAAAGGUUUUAUUGGCUGGUGCUAUAACGCUAAUGGACGAGGCAUAUUAUAAAUUGGCCGUUUGGCUGAAUGAUCACGAGAAUUACCGACUCCAGUCUAAAUACGAAAACCAUCUUAUAGCAAAAGUUGCACUUUUCCAGUUCGUAAAUUCAUUUUUAUCAUUAUUCUAUAUUGCCUUCUACUUACGGGAUGAAGAUAAACUAAAAGAGCAAUUGGCAGGUUUGCUAAUUUCACGACAAAUUAUUGGAAACGUUCGGGAGUCGGCAAUACCUUAUUUCAUUGAGCAGUGGAAACUAGCCAAAUUGAGCUUUAGUAUGUGGGGCGCAUUAAGCCCUACACUAGAUACCGAUCGCUCCGUACUGGACUCCGGUGUUUCGAAAACAACAACGACUAUCGAAUCAGCAACAGUAGAAAAAUUCAAAGGAGAUACACCACAACAGACACCUGCCAAACAUGAAGCAAGCAGCUCACGUCUGGAGCCGACUAUAUCACGGCCAGCUUCAUCGAGUAAACGGAAUAUAGGGCAAGCAGAAAUUGAAAGCACUCUUUACAAGUAUGAUGGAACAUUUUCUGAUCACUUGGAGAUGCUUGUGCAGAUGGGUUACGUGGUACUUUUUUCAGCCGCGUUUCCACUUGCUGGCAUAUGUGCUCUCAUUAAUAACUUAAUGGAGAUACGUUCAGACGCUUUCAAGUUGGCUCAUGUGCAUCAGCGACCCUUCGGGCAGCGAGUGGCCAACAUUGGAACAUGGCAAAAUGCAUUUAGCAUUCUCUCGCUGGCGGCUGUUAUAGUGAAUUGUGCGUUGAUUGGAUUAUCGGGUCAAAUAUCACGUCUGUGGCCAGGUCUCACAACCGCCCAAACAAUAAUCUUAAUUGUCACACUGGAGCAUAUUAUGUUGGCCUUGCGCUCGGCGUUGACAUGGCUGCUACCAGAAUUACCAUCUUGGUUGGCGGCGGAAAUUGCUCGCGCUGAACAUUGUCGCAGAGAGAUGCAAUGCAAGGGAACUUCGCCGCGGCCUACGCCACCCACACCGCCAUCGACUACUUCCACUCAGCCGGACCAAGAGGUUCUGAACCUUGAGUGUGCUACAACUAACGACCAAUCGAUGGAAAGUCAAAUGGCUGAGGAUAUUUUAUAUCAAGAACAGUUCCGACAAACAACCAACUAUUCCCAAAUAAGUGAAAUCACCAAUUUCGGUCUACAACGCAAUAUUGAAGCUGAUGUCAACAUAUUCGAGAACCGGGAUUCUUCACCUGAUUCGCCACCAUCACAAACGAGCACCAUAUUGAUAAGACCUUUACAUGAAUCUACGCCGCCUAACAGUGGAUCGUCAGUGACGAGCUUAAUUCAAGACACCGGCCAUGGACACGGCGGAGCUUCUUUGAGCAGUGCAAGUACCCUGGCAUUAAGUGCUAUUCGUCAGCCCAUGCAGAUUCCAGAAAUACCGCCAUUCCGGAAAAAAUCAAGCGAUUCCGCUGAGCAUACUGGUAGCAGUGCUAGCAGUAGUCCGCAAUGCUCCAGGCAGCCGCUUAUUUCAACACCUCCACCCAUUUUACAGCAUCAACCUACAAAAAUACCGGAAAUACCACCUUAUAAGCAACGCAAAAUCUCGGCUGAAAGCGCCACACAUUUACAUAUGAGCGAGUUACAAGGUAAUACAGUAGACGCCACGGAUAUUUUAAAGCUCGCACCGUCUUGGAGCAAUGUGGCAAUAAAGUCCCCAACACAACACCGAAUAGUUGUCUCUUCGUCUUCCUCAUCUGCUGGAGGCGGUAGUGCAUGUAGUGCUAGUGGUAUGGUAGGAAACGUUGGUAUUUCCGGUCGUGCUUUUGACGGUGGACGACCCAGAGUGAGUGGCAUUACUACAACGUCGACCUCAUCAAAAAAAAAUANAUUUAAAAAAAGGAAUUCCGGUUUAGGUUUUGUUAGACCACCAUUUGAAAUUUGGUCUAUCCAUGAGUUACAAGGUAAUACAGUAGACGCCACGGAUAUUUUAAAGCUCGCACCGUCUUGGAGCAAUGUGGCAAUAAAGUCCCCAACACAACACCGAAUAGUUGUCUCUUCGUCUUCCUCAUCUGCUGGAGGCGGUAGUGCAUGUAGUGCUAGUGGUAUGGUAGGAAACGUUGGUAUUUCCGGUCGUGCUUUUGACGGUGGACGACCCAGAGUGAGUGGCAUUACUACAACGUCGACCUCAUCAAAAAAAAAUAUCGAUAAUGCGAAAGAUUCGGCAUCAGCGGAUGCGGGUGCAGGCACGGCUAGAAGCGGCGGCACGGCCACAGUAAGCACAGAUGACGAAGCCAAAGCAGCCGAGCUUGCAGCCAAAAAGUCGCGUUUAAAGCAGAAGCUUGUGAAAAGCGCAAGGUCGGUUGGCAUCUUCUCAUUGAAACUAAAAGAACGACGACAGCGGGAAGCGGAGAAGGCAGCAAAUAUUGCCAUCGAACACGCUAAGGCUUUGGCUAAGUUACCGCCCAUGCCGCAACCCGGUGGUGAGCUCUCUCUAAUACCCAUUGAACAACUUAUACAAAUUGAUGACAUAAAACCGGCAAGCAAAACCCAACCCACCACUUCGUCGACAGAGACGGCGUCGGCGCCAACAUCCUCGUCUGUUGCUGAGACAUCAUCAGAAGUGAUGACAGCAUCAUCAUCCGCAUUGGCUGCGGCGAUGCAACAAUUCCAAAGUUCGGGAAACUGUUGAGUGCACACAUGUUACGUACGAAAUUUGGAAACGAACUCUCUCCUACAUGGAUAUUAAGUGCAUAGACCCUUUCAGACACGUCAAGUCUUGAAAGCAAUUUUUUUCGCAUUCUUUUUUGUGUAUUCUAUUUGCUUCCAGACGCGUCAACUUUUAUUGAUUUCAAGUUCUUGGUUCUUUAAAUGGAAAGUAACGAAAAGAUCCAAAUAGACAAGAAAACUUGAAACGAAUUGACGGUACCGUGGUAUCUGUACUCUUCCCCUCUUUUCUCACCUCCUUCGCUUGUGAACGAGCAGACUUGAAAGCAAGACUUGACGUGUCUGAAAGCUGACAUACGAUACAAUUUUAGCAUGCAUACAUAUAUACCUACAUAUAACUGUAAAUAUCUAAGGUACGAGUCUUAAAAUUUUUUUUAAGUUUUCAUGAGAAACACUACUGAUUAUUUACAAAUAAAUAUGUAUUGAUGACUACAUGCAUACAUUGUAUGUAUAAUAAUAAUUAGGGCAACCAAAAAUAUGCCGUAAAAACAUGAUUUUAAGCGCUUAAAACACACACGAUAAAAUAAGAAAUAUGCAUAAAUAUGCACGAAUAAUAUCAAAAAC